ACACAAUCUGCAGUGGCAAAGAUCUUCUCUUUGUUGAUAGUUGCAGUGGACAGGAAACAUACAAUCUCAUCCGGGUUUUUAGGAGUUCAGUCUCUGUGCUUGCGGGCGCAGCACUGGUUAUCUGAUAUCAGAAGGCAGUUGAAAACAUCGUUUGUUGAAUACUUUAAAAGGCUCCAGUACAGCAAUGGUGCAACUACAUGUAAAGCGUGGGGAUGAGAGCCAGUUUCUCUUCACGACAACAGUGGAUGUUCCAGUGGAAGAGCUGACCAAGCAAGUUACAGCUGUUUAUAAUGGGAUGCUAAAGGUGGAUAGGAUUUGCUCAGAAAUGGAGGAGCUGGCAGAACAUGGCGUAACCCUCCCCCCGAACAUGCAAGGACUGACGGAUGAGCAGAUUACAGAGCUGAAGUUACGGGAUGAGUGGGCACUGAAGUGUGUGCCCAGUGGAGGAGCUGGGUUUAAAAAGGAUGAGAUUGGAAGAAGGAAUGGUCAUGCUCCAAAUGAAAAAAUGAAGCAAGUUUUACGAAAAACAAUCGAAGAAGCAAAGUCAUUAAUUUCCAAGAAACAAGUUCAGGCUAAUGUGUGUGUAACACUGGAGAUGGUGAAAGAAGCGCUUGACCAGCUGCGUGGAGCUGUUAUGAUUGUCUAUCCCAUGGGACUGCCUCCUCAUGACCCAAUCAGGCUAGAGUUUGAAGAUCGAGAAGAUCUGUCGGGGACACAGGCAGCUUUGCAGUUGAUUGCAGAUUCAGAGGCUCAGUUGUGGUGGGCAGCAAAGGAGUUGCAUCGAGGGAAGAAACUAACAGAAUAUGUGGGCAAAAAUGAGAAAACUAAAAUUAUUGUAAAGAUACAAAAGCGAGGGCAAGGGGCACCAGCUCGUGAGCCAGUAAUCAGCCCUGAGGACCAGAAGCAGAUGAUGAUGUAUUACUCCAGGCGUGAGGAGGAACUUAAGAAGCUGCAAAAAGCUGACGAUGACUCUUACCUUGACUCUGAAUGGGCUGACAGGCAUUCUUUAAAAAAGCAGUUUCAAGGUCUCGGUGAUAUCAAAUGGGGACCAAGAUAAUUAAUACAAGUUCCUGUGUUCCUGAAUUCCAAUGAUCAUUUCUCCCUGUAGACUAUACAAGUAUCGGUUUUGGCUUUGCUUGUUACCAUGGCAGGAUGCAUUCUUCAUAUGUGAGAUGGUAUUGAAUGUAUUGAUAUUGGCCUACUGGCUUUUACUUGAUAAAUGGAUUCAGUACACUAUGUUCUGUACAAUUAAAAUUUGAAGAAGCCCUGAUCUAUGAGCUGCUACGUAUUUCUCAGAAACUAUCAGAUUGGAGCAAAUCAAUUCAACCCCCCUAUUUAUAUAAUAAAUGUAUGUUAGUAUUUUUUUGUAACUUUAAACGCAUACACUGUUUAGAUUUUUGAGGCUUUGGCAUUCACUUUUAUUAGAUUCUGUUUUGAACAUACUAAUUAUUUUAAAAUGCAGUAUACUCAAAUUCAUUUUGUAACAAUCCUGUUAAGUUAAUAAAAGCAUGUGGUAAAAUGUGGUAAA